GCCACUUCACUUGUUCAAAAGGAGCAGAGAUCCACACAGCAGAGAACACCUCUCUCCUCUGUCGAAGGCAGCCUGUCUAGAUUUUUAUGCCUGAAAUAAAAACCCUGGCUUGACUCCUGCCUUUCCUCCUGUCCUUAACAAGAGGCUGAACAAACACCAAGAAACCGGUGCGAUGGAGAUGAGGACCUGGAUAGAGCCCGUGGUCGCUGCAGCUCAGCUGGCCAGCUCUUUCUACGACACCGGCCUGCUGCUGGUUGUGAAGAAUUACUACAACCACACAAAUGCUUCCUUUGUGAAGGCCAGCGAAGGCGCUCAGCAGAAAGCCAUCUCCAACUUCUACAUCAUCUACAACCUCCUCCAAGGCCUGACCCCGCUGCUGUCGGCUUAUGGCCUGGCCAGGCUGGGUGAUGUGAAGAACAGGAAGAUCUCCAUCUGCAUACCCCUCGUGGGCUAUUUGCUCUCCCGGACCUUCCUGCUCCUAUCGAUCCUGCUGCUGUGGCCGAUCGAGGUGAUGUACGGGGCAGCUGUCUUACACGGUCUGAGCGGGGGGUUCACCACUUACUGGGCCAGCGUCAUGGCUGUGGCAUCUCUGGGGUCGUCGGAGAGAAGGAGAUCACUGCGCCUCAUUGUUAUCGAGCUCAUCUAUGGCAUAGCUGGCUUCCUGGGGAGCGUAGCAUCCGGUCAUCUCUUUAUCACUUUCCACCUUGGUUACCAGCAGGGCACGGUGCUGGUUUCCUCCAGCAUUGCCUUAUAUGCUUUUUGUCUUUUCUACAGUCUGUUUGUUCUUAAAGUCCCCAAGCCCGUUGUCUCUUGCCCAGCCACUUCCACAAGCACAGAGCAUCCCGACGGCAAGCUGGCUGGCGACGAAGGAGAUUCGGUCUUACAAAGAACUGAGCAUCGACCCACUGUCAUCCCUUCCAAACUCAUCAUUGCCAUGCUCUUUGUGGGGGCCGUCAUGUACGACUUAGCCGUGGCAGGAGCCAUAGAUGUGCUGCCACUCUUUUUGCUUAAAGAGCCCCUCAGCUGGGGACCGGAAUAUAUUGGGUAUUCCUAUGCAGCUGGCUACGUGAUCUUUAUCACCAGCUUCCUGGGUGUCUUUGUGUUCUCCAGGUUCUUAAGAGACACCACGAUGAUCAUGAUAGGGAUCCUGUCCUUCGCGGCGGGCAUCUUCAUCAUGGCCUUUGUCCGAUGGACAUACCUGUUUUACAUUGCUCGUGCUGUUAUGCUGUUUUCCCUCAUUCCAUUGCCAACGAUCAGAUCUAUGUUAUCCAAACAUGUAGAAGGUUCCUCAUAUGGAAAAGUGUUUGUUCUACUGCAGCUGGCACUGGUGGUCACAGGGGUUGUGACGUCAACAGUCUUUAACAAAAUCUAUCAGAGCACGCUGGACUGGUUCGGUGGGUUCUGCUUCCUCUUGUCCUGUGGCAUAACGUGCUUGAGCCUCAUCCCUAUCAGUAUCGUGGCACACAAGCGACCCACCUCAUCCGCUUCACUGGAGAUUUUAACUGAUUGAGCACAAACAAGUGUGCAUUCCUUUCAGAGAUGGACAUUUGGGCUGGAACCUGUUCCAAGACUGUGUGCCCCAGGGGGGCCUGCUGCUUUAGAAAGGAAAGCUACCUUUGGCCUCCUGGUUGGUCACAUUGACAGUGAUGUUUAUCUGCAGGAACCAGUCAUGGUAUGUUAAUGUGUGAGAUGGUGGAGGGAGCAACGUUGGUGCCGUUCGGUCAGUGCGGCACUACUUCGGGCUGAUACUCUUUUUCAUCCAGACCUCAGCCCAUUCUCCUGCUUACCUCUUUGUGCCCCCAAAAGCAGAUGUGUGGCCCAAAGGAAAGGUAUUGCCACAGGAAGUGUCUUGCCCCCUUUCUUUGUACGUAUGAGGUAGGUUUCACCAGAGUCCUCGUUACGUUUUGAAUAAUCUGCUGGAACAUUCCAUGGGACUAGAGCUUCAUGGGACUGAGUUCUAGUUACAAGAUGAACUGGGAAACGCCAAUAAAAGCAACAUCUCUGAAAAUGAAACAGAUGCUUAGAAGAUUUGGUAAGCGGAAGCUUCAACCAGGAGGGGAUAUGGUCACCGGUGAGUGGACAAGAAUAUUCUCAAGCCUGCCUGGCACGAUAGUAUAAACAGAAGCUGCACCAAGAUCUGAAUAUAUUCUAUGGAACCCGUACCUAUUUAAAAUGAUCAGGUGGAACAAGAUAGAGUGCCAGAGAUACGGGAGUGGAUAAAGAAAAUGCUUUUUAUGGCAGAAAUGGACAAACUGACAAGGAAACUUAAUAACAAGGAAGAUCAAGAAUUUAGUAGAGACUAAUUGGGAUGUAAAAAAUAAUUUGCUUUGCUUUGCUAGUUAUUAAGAGCGGAACUUAGUAAAUGGAGAAGAUGGUCAUAAUGUUAUAUUGUUACCUGAAGAUUUGAUAAUGAGGAGGUUAUAAAUGACAGUAAUAUAAGAAUUGUUUUGUGUGAGGGGGUGGGA